CUCUUCUUUGCCCGGGGUGGUUUGUUCCAAGGAGUACAGAUAGUCUUGUCAGAAGGCGCAGCUUACGGCUGUGCGCUCAGAGCUGGGACUUGGGCGCCAACUUCUGGUCCGCGCUCUGCGGGGUCAGUGGCGGGGCGCGUUCGCUCUCACCGCCCACCUCGAGUUCGCGCCUCCGCGCCUCUGGACUCAGGUCUGCAGUCCUCCUCGGAGCUUUCCCUUCCCUCCGCCUCCGCCAAGGAGCGGAAGGCGGAAACGGCGAGACUGGCCAGGGGGAGGAAAGCGGGCGCGCGUGGGCGCAGGGAACCAGGAGAUGUCCACGGGUUCGGUGAGCGACCCGGAGGAGAUGGAGCUGCGGGGGCUGCAGCGGGAGUACCCCGUCCCCGCCUCCAAGAGGCCGCCCCUCCGCGGCACCGAGUGCAGCUACGCCUCGCCCAGUGACAACUCGUCUGCGGAGGAGGAGGACCCCGACGGCGAGGAGGAGCAGUGCGCUCUGGGCGCAGCGGGCGGCGCGGGAGGCUGCAAGAGGAAGCGGCCCCGUGCGGCUGGGUGCGGCGGCGCAGGUGGCGGCGCAGGCGGUGGUGGCAAGAAGCCCCUCCCGCCCAAGGGCUCGGCCGCCGAGUGCAAGCAGUCCCAGCGGAACGCGGCCAACGCCCGCGAGCGCGCCCGGAUGCGCGUCCUGAGCAAAGCCUUCUCCAGACUCAAGACCAGCCUGCCCUGGGUGCCCCCCGACACCAAACUCUCCAAGCUGGAUACGCUCCGGCUGGCCUCCAGUUACAUCGCGCACCUGCGGCAGCUGUUGCAGGAGGACCGCUACGAGAACGGCUACGUGCACCCGGUGAACCUGACUUGGCCAUUCGUGGUCUCGGGACGACCUGAUUCUGACACCAAAGAAGUUUCCGCGGCCAGCAGACUGUGUGGAACCACCGCUUAAAUCGGACUCGAGCUCACUGGAUGGGAUUAUUCGUUAAACGCGUGUUUGGGGGCCACGGAGAGGAGGGAGACGGCGUGAGAUGGGAAGAAGUUUCCAUUGGAUUCUCCUAGACCCUUUCCCUUCUCCUGGUACUGUGAACACGAUGGUGCGUGGCUGUCACCGCAGAGCGCCCCCGGCUACCACUGCCACGGUUCUGGGCGACGCUGUGCCUCUCCAGAAAGAGCCUCUAUUUGUGUGGAGAGCGCGGACCAGGAUCCAACCUCGGGCUUUAGCUGUGUAGACGAGCCCUCUGCUGCCGUCUGAUCCCAGCGCCAAAUCGCCUAGGGUCUUAGUUUCCAAGCCAAGCCAGAUUGGUCACGUGUGUGGCGGCCCGAUUCUGCAGGGCACACAGGCCUUUCGCAGUGGUUAGUGUGCGCUCUCCAUCCGCUGUAAAGUCAGAAGUCUGGACGUGAGACCUACGUGGGGCACGGUUUUAAGUUGCGAAGAGGGGAGAAUGGCCUGUCUGGGCGAGGUUUGUAUCCUAGCCGGCGGGACGAUGCCCCUGGCGCACAGGGCGGGGUAGAGUCGCACUUCGGAGACCACCUGAGGCGGGUUUUGCCUGGAGCGCUCCAGGCCAUUCAGCCUCCCUGCCUCGGGGUCCUUCCCAAGCUCCAGCCUCUUUCUAAUCAGGUUUCAGUCCACCUCCUCCCCUUCUAAGCUCGAGCGUCCCCAGCCCCGCCGCCCCAACCCGGCUCAGGUC